UUGCCAUCGUUGCCUUCUACAGGGCUCAGGGUCAUGCUGCCCCAUCCCCUUGGCCUCACUGGAGACACAGAGUGAUGUGUCAGGUCCCUCCUGUGUUGUGGAUGCCAUGAAGAUCAACCAGAACACAGUCCUGCAAGGAAAGAGGGUGACUCUGGUGCCAUACACUUCUGCACACGUGCCCCGAUACCACGAGUGGAUGAAAUCGGAGGAGCUGCAGCGCCUGACAGCAUCUGAACCUUUGAGCCUGGAGCAGGAGUAUGAGAUGCAGCGCAGCUGGCGGGAGGAUGCAGAUAAGUGCACAUUCAUUGUGCUGGACACGGAGCAGUGGUCGGGGCAGGCGUACGCAGAGGAGGACUGCAUGGUGGGGGAUGUGAAUCUCUUUCUCACUGACUUUGAGGAUCCGACUUUGGGCGAGAUUGAAAUUAUGAUUGCAGAGCCCAGCUACCGUGGCAGAGGAUUUGGCAAGGAGGCAACUCUGAUGAUGAUGUCCUACGGAGUGACAAACCUGGGGAUCACCAAAUUUGAGGCAAAGAUUGGCCAGGAGAAUGAAGCCAGUAUCUGCAUGUUCAAAAAGCUUCAUUUCGAGGAGGUAGCUGUGAACAGUGUCUUCCAAGAGGUGACGUUGAGGCUGGAUGUGAGUGACCAAGAGAGACGCUGGCUCCUGGAACAGACAAACCACGUGAAGGAGAAAAGCUAUACUGAACUGAAGCUGCCGGCUGUGGUGUUGGAGACCUGAGGGAUACAUGUGGACACAGGCUUGGUUUGCAGGGAGGAAGAGUUGGACACUGUUGCAAGGUGUGAGCGUGGAAGAUACCAAUAGGACAGCUUUGCGCUUUACUGUUUUCAUCUCUCUCCGCUGGUUACUUUGCGAUCUUGUCGACUUUGCACUCUGUUGCAACAGCCAAAAAUACUGCUUGAAAUUUGGACCUCCAAAACAGCCACUAAUUCACAGACUUGGUUAGGAAUGACCCUUUUUAACCUCCAAAUACCUGACUGUCCCAGCAGAGCCUACAAACACCAGCGUUGAAUUCAUUCCUAAUGCGGCCAGUCUCUGGACAAGCAGUACCCUGUGUUCCUACUUAAGCUGUCCUUAGAGCUGAAUUCAUCAGUUACACGGAGGGAAUCUAAAUGCUCUGAUAGCUCAGCUUGUUUUCGCUGAAUAAAAACCUGAAAAAAAACUGACAUGCCUGA